UUACCCUCAUUAGUCCAAGUGUGUGUGUUUCUCUGUAAUGAUUCAGACAUAUUGGUGACUCCAUCCAAGUGCCAGAACUGUAAUUUGGGAGCAUUGUGUCUCCCAGAUCACAUAGAUGAACGGAGAGUUUGCAACGCCAUUGCCCCGGAGAAGGAUGUGGAUGGAUUCCAUAUCAUGAAUAUUGGACGUCUGUGUCUCGAUCAGCCUUCCAUAAUUCCUGCCACUGCUGCUGCCGUGUGGGAAAUCAUAAAACGGACAGUGUUGCAGGGAACUUUCUGCGCUAUUGUGAACCUCCUGAUGAUUUGUGAAAUAGAAGAUUCCAUUUCAGGUGAUGCCACAGUGACCAUUACUCACAGAUACACCCCAAAAGAGCAGCUCAAGAUCCAUACGCAGCUCGCUGACAUAGUAAUAGUAGCUGCAGGUGUCCCAAAGCUGAUUACUACUGAUAUGGUCAAAGAAGGUGCAGCUGUGAUUGAUGUAGGCAUCAACCAUAUCCAUGAUCCUCUUACAGGAAAAACCAAAUUAGUUGGGGAUGUGGACUUUGAAGAAGUGAAGAAGAAGGCUGGCUUUAUCACUCCGGUGCCGGGAGGGGUAGGACCUAUGACUGUUGCAAUGCUUCUGAAGAACACACUCCUAGUUGCUAAAAAGCUCAUUUACUAGAGGAAAUGGUCUACCUUGGAAGAAGAAUCUGGGUUGUUCUAUUUAUUGAUACACAAAAUGUCUAUUUUUUACUACAAAUAUAUUUAUUUCUGCAUUGUAUUUAUUUUUUCAUGUCAAGUAUGCUAAACCUGAUGGUUUACAAAAUGUUGAAAUACUUUGUGUUACCUCCUCCUAGCAUAUUGUAAGCAAAAAUGAGUUUGAGAAUGCAGCCUACACAGUUAUGUUGUAUGUGUUUGAGAAUGAAGAAUGGAGCAUGAAUUACAGCUGUACACUCGCACCGGUGCAGUUACCAAGGGCUUGUAAGCACUUGGGACCCUCAGGUUUGAUCAAAUAGUAUGAAAACUGAGUUUCAACAUGCGAGAUACCUUUUAAAUAUAUGAUUCGAGUUCUGAGGUCACAAAACACUCUGGAUGUAGUUUGAAGUCUUGAAAUAUUUUUUUGUUUUAAACACUUAGAGCUAGCAGCAGAAAUCUCAGUUGCAAAAGGAGUGAGAGACUGCAGUGUUUGUGUCAGCUGCCAGGCAGUAACGUUGACAUGAAUGCAAAUGUUCAGUAAAUGUUUUAAAAUAGCCAAGUAAACUUGAAUGCUGGUGAAAUUCUGAUUUUAAACAUCUGCAAGAGGUAAGCAUGAAUAAGGUAGGUAGAAUGGAGGCCUGAAUUAUUUUAUUUUCAUAUCUGGACAAAAUGUUUUGGUGUGUAAUCUCCUCAUCUCACAAAAAAACCUCCCAAACUGAACAGUUGACUGGGCUGGAUUUGACUUUAAUUAGAUGAAAUGUAGUUGAUGUUGUGGCGUAUGUACAGGAUAGUGGGGCAGUGGGUGAAGAGGAAGAGCAAACCAAAACUUCAUCCAUGACAGAAUAUUUGUGUUGGAAUUUAAAGCCAUUUAAUUAUAUUCUCUUACUUUCUGGAACUGCAUGACAAGGCUUUUUUUUUUUUUUAUUCCAUGUUGUAAGGCUUGGCUUCAAUGGCCACAAUGUUUUGCUGCUUAAAGAGGACUACAUGGGAUAAGAUCAGUAUGUUUCUAUUCCCAAAACUUUAGUUGCUGGAUGGAUCUAGCAUAGUCUCAUGCAGUGUACAAGUUCGAGUGGAGUAAAUGCUGAGAUGCCUGUUCAGCUGAGCGUGUGCACUGUUGGCAUUCCCACUGAAGGCAGUGGGAGCCAGUUGGGACUUUUUAUCUUCAUGUUUUUGUCUCAGUUGGGAUAACUUUGAUUUAUUUUCAUCAAGAGCCUUAGAUGUUUGCUGGUGGUCUAUAGAUAACUUGAGAGAGGAAAGAAAAAAUUGUGGCUAAAUACUAUUGCAUUAAACAGAAAAAUGCACUUACUGUAAUAAAAGAGCCAAGGUGGAGCAUCCCUUCCAUGCUGACUGUUCUUGUGAUGGGCUUUCUGAGAGUUUGCCUUAAUGCAGUGUUUGCAAAAGUUUGACAGAAUUAUUACUAAAUAUACAAUGGCAAUAGUGCAGACACUUGUCUAUUUAAAUUUAAGUGGUGAUAUAAAUGUUAGGAGAGUCAAGGCGCCUAUGGAGACUAUGCUUGGACUGAUCAACCCAUGACUGAAAGACGGAAUAAAACUUGUUCACUGUUUCCUUA